ACGCUACCAACUUCCGCAUUGACCCACCCAUCGCGAGACUUUGGCGGCGCAGCAAUGGCAAGACCAUGCCGCGACACUGCUCCGCCGCCGGCUGCUGCACUCGGGAUACGCGUGAGACUCGCAACCGCGGCAUCUCCUUCCACAGACUUCCCAAGAAAGACAAUCCCAGGCGCGGCUUGUGGCUGGCCAACUGUCAGCGGCUGGACCCCAGCGGCCAGGGCCUGUGGGACCCGGCCUCUGAAUACAUCUACUUCUGCUCCAAACACUUCGAGGAAAACUGCUUUGAGCUGGUGGGAAUCAGUGGGUAUCACAGGCUGAAGGAAGGGGCAGUCCCCACCAUAUUUGAGUCUUUCUCCAAGUUACGUCGAACAACCAAGACCAAGGGGCAUGGUUAUCCACCUGGCCUGCCUGAUGUCAGCCGGCUCCGGCGAUGCAGGAAGCGCUGCUCUGAAGGUCAAGGACCCACAACUCCAUUUUCCCCAAUUCCUGCUAACAUCAUCUGCUUCCCCGUGGAAGAAGCCUCAGCACCUGCCACUCUGCCUGCAUCCCCGGCUGUGAGGCUGGAACCUGGCCUUAACAGCCCCUUCUCAGAUCUUCUGGGCCCUCUGGGUGCCCAAGCAGAUGAAGCAGGCUGUAGUGCCCAGCCUUCACCAGAGCGGCACCCCUCCCCUCUUGAGCCUCGGCCUAUCUCCCCGUCUGCUUACAUGUUACGGCUGCCACCACCUGCUGGAGCCUACAUCCAGAAUGAGCACAGCUACCAAGUGGGGAGUGCCCUGCUCUGGAAGAGGAGAGCUGAAGCGGCUCUUGAUGCUCUGGACAAGGCCCAGCGCCAGCUGCAAGCCUGCAAACGGCGGGAGCAGCGGCUUAGGCUUCGACUGACCAAGCUGCAGCAGGAACGAGCACGAGAGAAGCGGGCACAGGCAGACGCCCGCCAAACCCUGAAGGACCAUGUACAGGACUUUGCUAUGCAGCUGAGCAACAGCAUGGCAUGAGGAUGCACUACGGCUCAGAGACACUUGAUUGGAACUGCAUCUACCAGGCUGGCCAGAAGUCAAUAAAGUGGAUGCUAGAAAGAGACCGUGCAGUCCGGUUCAGCUGGGGGUGCUAGCCUCCUCCCCAGACAGUGGCCAAAGCCCCAAAGGGUUCAGUCCCUGGCAGGUAACCUCUUGGCCAUGGGGAAUCUUUGUCUGCAGUCCCUCUGCUUAUUUAGUUACUUUCUAGGUAAGCCAGCUCCUCUGGUUCAGCUCUGCCCCCCUCCCAGUUCUUUUUUUGAAUCAGGCUGGUAUCAUUGAAGCUUGAGCUCCUAAUCCUCCUUCUUGUACCUUCUGAAUAGAAUCAUGCAAAAUGUCAGACUUGGUUCUCAUGUGAAGCAAGCUUCUGUCCGCUCCUGGCCACAUUUAGAAGACUCAAAAGCAACAUAGGGUGCUACACUUGUCAGGCUGAAGGCCACACUUAGGGAAAUGUUAAGUCUUUUAGAUCCUGGCUCUGGUACUGUAUUUAUCUUGGGAACAUAGGCUUCUUACUAUAGCUUUGUCCAUGGUAAACACCAAGCACAUGGCCUUUCCCUACUGCUCCUUGGCCACAUAGCUCAAGCACAGUUGAGUUUCCGGCUGAGUCUGUACACAAGGUUGUCAAAAAGUUUUCUUUAUGGAGCCCUGGGUGAAUAUGUUUAUUUGUACCCUGUGUAGAGGAGACAAUUGAAGGUCCAGUUAAGUUACAGGGGUCAGCAUGAAGCAAGAUUUGUAGACCAAAGUUGUCAGGUGUUCCCCUCAAAAGAGGCUUGGAUGCGAUCACCACCUUGGGGAGUGGCUCUGACACAGCACAACAGACUCACC